AUGUCUAGCCAGUCCACUAUGGACGUUGCCCAGCACCAGCUGUUCCUCGCGUCCUUCAUCAUUGGGCUGGGCGCGUACUGGGUUAUUUUCCCUCUGGUAGAGAAACUAAUGAAACUUGCCCAGCCAGAAUGGUAUGAGAAGCACAAGGCGGGAGAGCUCCGAUACAAGGUGCUCUUCCCGGUUCUCGUUAUGCUAAUCCGCACUGUCAACGGCACCCUCGUUGUGCUGCCGGCGUGCGUUAUGGCAGCUCGCGAGACGAAGUGGGAGCUCGGGCAGACUAUGACGACGGCUGGCCACGUCUGUGUCAUCUCGCAGGUUGUUCCCUGGGCUAGUGAGCUUCUCGUCUGGUACGAGACCUCGACCGAGCUCUACCUCCACCACGUUUUCUGCACCCUCCUCUACUUCAACACCGUAGCAAUGCCUGGCCUCCAUAUGAUCAAGCCGCUCUACGUUCAUACGGCCACGCAGCUGGGCGACAUCGGUCUUGCCGUCAACAAAGUCAUGAGGAGUUUGGGCCACAGACAGCAAACUUCACGGGUUCUCUAUCUUAACAAGCUCUUCCAGAUGGGGACCGUCUUUACCAUCAAGAUCCCCUUCAUGUUUUACGCUUUGGGCAAGAUCGUCCUGACACCAAAUGGCAUGUGGGACCUGAUCCGUGCCAGCGCUCUGCUGUUUCUCUGCGGCUACAGCAUCCGGACGCAGAUCGUGAGCUUCUACUACAUGAGAGUCGGCGUCCAGCCUGCCAAGGGCCCAGUCGGUCUCCUGUUCCAGCGUUCAGGCGUCUUCAUCUCUCGCUACAACCUCGCGCUGGCCGCGUCUGUAGCUGCCGCCAUCGUCGUCAAGGUCUUGCUCUAUGCAAACAACCUCAAGCAUCCCAUUACCGCAAAUGAGCAUACCCGAGUCUGGAUUGAAAGCAUCACGUCCGUCACCGCACUUUAUCUGCUCAUCAGCCUCAGCACGAUGCUAUGGAAGCGCUUCUUGAACGGUGAGCAGGUCCUGUCUGAGGGUUAUCGGUCAGUCAAGAGGGGUGAGCUGUUCCUUCGUCUGGGUGCGUUUUUGACCGCAGUCAUGAUUCACGGCCGCAACACCGGCAAUCUGAUGGCAAGGACCGCGGGACUCUCCAGCCAAGCCCUGUCCACCGCUAUUGUUUUCACAUUCCUGGGGUGGGACCUCUACGUCCGCCUCGCCAUCUGGAUGUCUGUCGGGGAAGAAGCUAGAGGAUUGGAGCAGGGAGACGAGUCCGCGGACGCCAAGGACGGGAAGACUACCUCCUCGCAGAAGCCGUCAAGAGCCGCUGCCGACCAUGCCAUCGCGGCACGCCAGUUACGCAUGGUCUGGGUCGACAUUGCUAUCAUCACGGCUGGCCUCUUCCUGCCUAAUCACUUCACAACACUCGAGAAGAGCUACACUCUGUUCUUCACCCAUGCGCUCGUUCAGGUCCUCGAUGAGAUGAUGUCUCAGUACAGCAAAGGAGGCAUUCGUGAUAUCAUGGUUAGAGGCAGCCCUUACCGCCACUUCGCCUCUCUCAAGCUGGCCUUGGCUGUCGGACAAAACGUGCUUGCCUUUGCCGCCGUCUGUGGGGAAUUGCGCAAGGAGCGGGAACAAUGGAUCCUCUGGGCGUCGCUGGCCGUUGCCCUCUUCUCCCGUAUCUCCAGCUACAUCGUCAUCCCCUCCUCCAGGAGAGAUGCAGGAGCAAAGUCGUCGACCCGGACUAGGGCUCCUCCUGGCCCGCCUACUCUGGCAAAGCGUCUGGCUCGUGUUUUCAAGACCAUCUUCACCUCUCCAGAAGUCUACUCAGUCAUGGUUGUUACAGCCAUCGAGCUGUUCUCCCUCAUGGAAUUAAUGAAGGGGCGUCAAGAGAAACCACAGACCACUGUCGGUUUCGAAAACAUCAGGGCGGUCUUGGUAACCCCUAUCGCGGUGGCCAGUAACCUUGUUGCCACGACACUUGUUAUGACAAGCAUCGUUCUUCCUUCUCCUUCUGCAUAG